CAGGCGAUCAGUGUACACUUCUGAGACGAAUUAGUUUGUCUGUGGUCUUCUAAAUGGUAAAAAAUAUAUUAGUUUAACUUAUAUCCGAUUAUGCACAUGGGAAAAUCACUGUCAGAGCAGGCGGCAUCUAAACCAUACCAGGGUGUGAGAGUCAAAGACCCUGUGAAAGAGUUGCUACGUCGAAAGAGAGGAAAUUCAGCCAAAACAGUGCCCCCAACUGCAGUGGUGAUUCCCAACAAUAGUUUUCCAUCAUAUACACAUGUUGGGUCUUCUGGUUUCCCGGGAAGUAACCAAAGUGCUCCAAUUGAAUCAGCUGUAGAUGUUGGUGCACUGUGUCCUGGUUGGGUUGCUCAGCCAAGCAGCUCAGCAGCUUUUCAGCCUUUGGGUCACUGGGCUCAUCCUGAGUAUUUCCAACAUGAGCAGAGUCUCUCUAGCCUCCCCUCCAUUACAAGUGACAUGUAUGUUCAGUCGGUGUGUCCCAGCUAUGCAGUGGUGGGCCCGUCUUCUGUUCUUACCCUGGCCCACACCCCUCUCUUUACCAACCUCGGGACCAUAAGCUCCUCCAGCUCAGGCCUGUCCCAAAUAGAUGUCCAAGAUGGCUCACUGGCAUACAUUCCAUGGGCCCCACCCUUGUCCCCCUGCCCACAGAAUGUGGCUCCGCAGCUUCUGCCGAUGCCUGUGCCUGUGUCUGAACCAGAACCUCAGCAGGAGGAACCUGCUCCAUCCUCAGAGGGCACCUUAGCUUUGGAGAAACUUCUGGAAGAGGAGGAGGAAGAUCAGAAAGAACCCUAUGCCUGCAGUUCUUCAUUGUUUACACAAGACAUUUAGAAUGCCUCAAUCCCCUUUUAUACCUUUACAUUACCUGUGAAGUAUGGAGUCUGCUUUUAUACCAUACAUCAUAUAUGUAACAUUCUGUUCUUAUGCAAUUAUUCAUAAAUGUGCAUUUUUGUAAAUAGAAAGCUUAAUAUACUUUUUGUUUGGGAUAAAAAAAAAGACAUAAAUACAAAACAAAUGUUAUUUUUCUACAUUUCCAUAAGUGUGUUCAAGCAAUUUGCAUCUAAGAAUUUCUUCUUCCAUUUCCCCGUGUUUUUUUUUCCCUAAACCUGGAAAAAAAGUCUUUUGUUUGUUUUCCUGAAAAUAUAUCCUUUCAUAUCCUGUAAGAAGAUAUAUCUUUUCUCAGCAGGUGCCACAUAAAUCUUAUGAGAGCCUUGGGAGUCCCUCAGAAUUCCAGUGUAAAUGUCAUUCAUUAGAUGAGUGUUUGGGGGGGAAACAAAAGAUUUGCUGUACAGUCUUUUAUCUUAUUAUCUUACCCAAGCUUUUGUCCAUUACCUAGGGGUGCUAGUUUUACCUUGUGUUCCCACAACAUUUUUCCUGGCUAAGGUUGUCAGCCCUGCACCUGUUCUUCAGCUGUCAACUUAACCAAGCUUUCAGUAUAGGUAAAUAAUAGUAAAGAAAAAACAAAGUCAAUAAAGAAAUAUUUAGCUCUA